CAGGAUUCGAACCGGUGAAACCCUGGGCCGCUGAAGUGGAGAACAGGAACUUAACCACUCAGCCACGGGGCCAGGCCCUGUAAGGUGUUUUUAAGGGGAUCAACACCUAUGAGUGGAAGUGAGAGAAAGGUUUAGGCAGAGGGAGAAGCUGAACUGCAAUUCAGGCCAAGCAAAGAAUUAGGCAACUCCCUGGGGAGCUCUGAAUAGCUUAUUACCCAUCAGUAUCCCACAUCAGGCCACAAAGGCCCUGCGUUUGUACUCCAGUUCUUCAUCAGUCACUAGAUGUGGGUUCCCCAGGGAGGGCAUGACAUGGGAUGCUCUCUGCAGCUGAUGUUUAGACGUUUAAAUACCAAAUGUUUUCCUAAAGCAGCGAUCUGAACCUUUUUGGUCUCAGAACCCCUUUAGACUCUUAAAUAUUGAGGACCCUGAAGAGUUUUGUAUACAUGGGCUUUAUAUGCUAUACAGAUAUUUGCCACAUCAGAAAAGAAAACUGAGAAUAUUUUUAAACAUAAGAAUGCACAAGCACACAUUCCAUUAUCCAGCAGAGCUGUGAUGUCAUCACAGGUCAUAUAGCCUCCAGAAAACUACAUGAGAGAAUGAGAAGGAAAAACUCAAAGAAUGUCUUAAUUUUAUUAUGAAAAUAGUUUUGACCUGUGGACUUUGGAAAGGAUUUCAGGGAGGCCCUGGGAUUCCUGGAACGCCCUGAGAAUGUUUGUCCUAAAGGAAUGGACUCAUAGUUCCCAACAGAUAAGAAUACAGUCCUUGAAAAGAUCUCACCAUUCGGAGUGUAAAGGGCCUCAUGGUUGAGGCGGUUCUUUCUCAUGCCGCUGGAUGAGGCCUUUUUUCUCUCAGAAGAAAUGGUUGCCACUAAAGGGGAUGGAGCUGAAAUACUUGUGUUGGAAAGACAUUUCAGAAAUUGGGAGGAGUGCCAAGUCUUACUGUGAGCACACAGCCCGGACCCAGCCCACACUGUCAGAUAUUGUGGUCACACUUGUCGAGAUGGGUUUUAAUGUGGACACUCUCCCUGCUUAUGCAAAACGCUCUCAGAGGAUGGUCAUCACUGCCCCUCCAGUGACCAACCAGCCAGUGACCCCCAAGGCCCUCACGGCAGGGCAGAACCGGCCCCACCCACCACACAUCCCCAGCCACUUUCCCGAGUUCCCCGACCCCCACACCUACAUCAAAACUCCGACGUACCGUGAGCCCGUGUCAGACUACCAGGUCCUGCGGGAGAAGGCUGCAUCCCAGAGGCGAGAUGUGGAGCGGGCACUCACCCGUUUCAUGGCCAAGACAGGCGAGACCCAGAGUCUUUUCAAAGAUGACGUCAGCACGUUUCCACUGAUUGCUGCCAGGCCCUUCACCAUCCCCUACCUGACGGCUCUUCUGCCGUCUGAGCUGGAGAUGCAACAAAUGGAGGAGACGGAUUCCUCGGAGCAGGAUGAGCAGACGGACACCGAGAACCUCCCUCUUCACAUCAGCACGGAUGAUUCUGGAGCCGAGAAGGAGAACACCUCCGUCCUGCAGCAGAACCCCUCCUUGCCGGGGAGCCGGAACGGGGAGGAGAACAUCAUCGAUAACCCCUAUCUACGGCCCGUGAAGAAACCCAAGAUCCGCAGGAAGAAGUCCCUCUCGUGAGCUGAAAGGAAGCCUGCCUUGUACAGGAACGUGGACACCACCCUCCUUGGGGAGUUAAAGCCACUCAAGGGAAGAAGAGAGGGUGGCCUCCUCGUGGUCAUGCCCAGGCUGCCAGAGUGUGACCGGGCAUGAUUUUAAUAGCAAACUCUAUAUAAAGAUGACCUAUUGCCACUGGAUGUUUGGGGUGAGAAAGCUAUGAUGGUAAUAAUGAGGCUUUCUUAAUCAACCAGGCCAUACUGUGGGGUAUAGGAGCAGCCGGUGACUUCAUUCACUGUCAUGGGACUUGAUUCCUUGGAGACCUGGAAGACCGACCUGGGAAGGCGGUAGGAAAGAGAGGGUUCUGGGCCUGCUUUGCCUCCUGCCAGAAAGACUGUUUGCCUGGUUUGUUUUUCAGGAUGUCUAGACCCCUUUUAUUGACUCACAAAUAAUUUAUGGCACCAAUUUAUCAUCCUAGAACCUCAUUCUUGUUUCUCUCCUCACAUGGGCUCCAAGUGCCCUGUUGAGCUGAUCGGAGGUGACUUUGCCCUCCAUCAUCAUGUUGGAAACAGGAGGCCACACACCACAGCCCUGACCUAGGGCUGGCAGGAGUCAGGAGGCGGGAGCAGAGACCUUCAUGUGGAGGAGAGUGACUCGUAAGGGUUCUCUCAGCGUCUGAUGAAAGCUCCCUAAAGCCGGGCAGCACUCUCCUGACAGAUUUGUCCCUCGGUGGGAUGUGUGCUGGGGAACUACCAAGUCCUGCCCCAUCCUGGGAAAGAGGUUUUCUCUGACAAGAGCCUAGAUCGGUGGAUAUAUCAUGCUGUGACUUGAUAGAGGAAUCAUUGAUUUUAAACAGGAAAAGGAUUUGAUAGGGGUGGGGGGAGGGAUGAGAUUUUGAGAGCUGGGCCUGGCUUUGUAACCUGGCCAGUCUGCUGGAAGGCUGGCGUGGAGGGGAGGCCAUGUUCCCACCUUAUGGUGGAAGUGGGCUGAGGGGAGCCUGCAGGCCAAGCCAAGGUCUGCUUCCAGGAGCAGGUCUGAAUCUGUUCAGCCUCCUUGCUUCUUGGGGGAAGACGGCUUCAUCCCUGAUGUACCCUACAAACCAAAGUACAAGUGUUUAAGGAAGAUGCUGGGCGAGCUGAUACACUUUGGCUGGUCCCCAAAGGAAGAGAUUUUAAAACCAAGUCCAAGGGAGAAAUAUGCCGGCGAUACCUGGAGGUUCCUGCAGGAUAAACGGGGAGUUCCCUAGGUUAGCAUCCGACGGUCCGUAUUGAACCUCCUUACACUCAGCUUCCACAGUCAUUUCCUGAUCUUCCAUCCUCCUGGUGAAUUUGAAAACUCAAAAAACUUGGUGACUAGACAGCAGGCUCCGUGUUCCUCUGGCCUCACUGUUCUCUAGGGCGCUCCAUCCCAUCGCCUGGAAGGAGAGAGCUGCGUGUCAGCAACUGAAGAGGGGAUGCUAGUGAGAAAAUCAGAUUCCCCGACUCUGCACCAAAUAAGAGUUUUUCAUGUUGGUAGUGACGUGAAAUUCUUCCGGUUGAAAGCAGUCGGAUUGAGCCUGUGCUGAGCCCUCAGAGUCUGUGAUUUGGCUCUUGGCGAUUCUUGGCCUGCUGAGUUUAAACCCGGGUUUGAGCCAUGGCACAUGCAGGGCUGGAGCCUUCCCGGCUUGCUGUUCACACUGCUCUCGGGAGCGGCCAUCCCAGUCAGCAUCUCUGCAGGUCCUCUUUGGCCGUCACCAUCCAGAGCAAACCCCUGUCGAAGGCCUCAUGCUAAAGGUUUGGAAGAGGGGACGUUUCUGCUGUCGAGAUUUCGGAGGCUGCACUGCCGUCAUUCUGUUCUGGAUGAGAGACACUGAAACGCUGACCCCACUAUUGUGUAAAAACUGCAUAAUGCUCAAUGUAUAUUUAUAGAUUUUUAUUUUUUAUAACUUUGGGGGAAUUCCUGGAGGGAAAAAGUAGUAAACAGAGCCAGAUUAAAAGUGUCAUUUAUGAGCUCUUAAUAAAAGGUCAUAAUAAAAACUUUGCAAAUGAAACAGAA